AUGAGCUCUCGCUUCAAGAGUCUAGGCUUCGGUUCCAAACGAAAGAGUAGCGCCAACAUCCAGAACAACUCCGCCGCCUCGCCCAACGGUUCCACCUCCACCGCUGGCACUCCCCCUCCCCCCAAUUCCUCUCAGACCAGCUUGCAGCAGCCUCCCAUGAACCAGCCUGGUGCUCCUGGUCGUCCUCCAAGCUACUCUUACAACACCGUUGCUGGCCGUCCCCAAAGUCCCAUGCCCCCGCCCGGCCAAAAUCAAAUGGCUCAUCAUCCUCCUCCCAUCGACACCUCGCGCGGUUAUGGCGCACCAGCUCAGCAAAUGGGGCCUCCGCAGCCUCCUGGCUACGGUGGUGCCUAUGGCCAACAGCCCAUGCCUCCUCAGCCCGGUAUGCAACACAUGGCAAAUCAGUAUGGCCCUCCUCGUCCUGCCGAAGUCGAGGGCGCGGGUCGCAGCAGCAAGGCUCAAUUGAUAGUCGGUAUUGAUUUUGGCACAACUUUCUCUGGCGUUGCUUUUGCCUUUGCGACCAACACUGAAGCCAAAGAAGACAUCAUCACCGAGUGGCCUGGUGCCGGCAACCAGACGAAACAAAAGAUUCCUACCGUCCUCUACUACGAUCAAUACCAGAAAGUUGUGGGCUGGGGUCCUGAUAUCGCCGAUGCUCUAGCUCCCACCGGUUAUCCCAAGCCUGGGGUCCAGAAAGUCGAAUGGUUCAAACUUCAACUCAUGCUUUCGGGCAAUACUUACAUAGAUCCCAUCAACCUUCCGCCACUCCCUCCUGGGAAGUCCGAAAUCGAUGUCGCCGCCGACUAUCUCUUCAAGCUGAGGCAGGCAAUGAGAGUCCAAUUACAAAAGACUCUGGGUGAGGUCUUCAACCGAGAAGAACGCAACAUUCGAUAUUUCUUGACCGUCCCGGCCAUCUGGAACGACGCUGGGAAGGCGGCAACCAGGGCUGCUGCAAUUCAAGCUGGCUUUAUCCGAGACGAGAAUGACAAUCGACUGACCCUCAUCACCGAACCCGAAGCUGCCGCCAUGUUCUGCUCAAAGACUGGUCUUCUCAACCUCAAAAUCCACGAUGCCGUUUUAAUUGUUGACUGUGGUGGUGGCACAGUCGAUUUGAUCGCAUAUGAAGUCGAGGAAGAGACUCCAUUCACCGUUGCUGAAUGUACCGCAGGUAGUGGGGAUUCCUGCGGUUCUACUGCUCUAAAUCGAAACUUCUCCAACAUCCUCCGAGCAAAAAUCAGAAAAAUGAAAUUACCUGAUGGCUCCAAGACAGCUGGCAGAGUCUAUGCCAAAUGUAUCAUGGACUUUGAAAACAGAAUAAAGGCCGAUUUCCGCAACAAUGGUCAAAAAUGGGCUGUCGAUGUCGGUAUCGAGGCUGAAUUCCCCGAAGCCGGUAUCGAAGAAGGCUACAUGACCUUUACCAACGAGGAGAUUCUGCAAUGUUUCGAGCCUGUGGUCAAUCGAAUUCUCGAGCUGGUUCGAAAUCAAAUCAUUGCCAUUCAAGCUCAAAACAGAGCAUUACAGAAUGUGCUUGUGGUUGGUGGGUUCGGCGCUUCAGAAUAUCUCUUCCAACAAAUCAAACUCCACGUGCCUCCGCAAUUCCAGUCCAAGGUCGUUCGACCCAUGGAUUCCGUCGCUGCAAUUGUUAAAGGUGCUGUCACUGCAGGUAUCACCGAAAAGGUUAUUACUUCUCGUGUUGCCCGACGACAUUAUCUCAUGGCAACCUUACAACCUUUCAAGGAGGGUCAUCAUCCCGAGCAAUAUCGUGUGCCAAGUUUGGAUGGAAAAGACAGGUGCAAGUAUACCAGACAAAUCUUUGUCCAAAAGGGCGAAAGAGUCAAGAUUGGCGAACCCGUCAAAGUCUCCUUCUUCCGACAAGUCGCUCCAGGUGCUACACUCAUGUAUGAGGAUAUCCUAUACGCUUGCGACGAAGAUGUUUGUCCCGAAUAUACAAAAGAUCCUCGAAUCAAGGAAGUGGUCACUCUUACUUCGGACCUCUCAAGAAAGAAUCUCGAAAAAGACUUCGAACGCAUGGAUACACCUCAAGGAACCUUCUACCGUGUCUACUUUGACAUUUAUUUGACGCUCGAUGGAUCCGAGUUUAAUGCAGAAUUGGUUUGCCAAGGCGAGGUCAUGGGCAGGUGCAGUGCCAGGUUUAGAUAG